AUGCAAGAUGCUGCCUCCAUCACUGAUGAAGCGGUGAAAAAGCCACAGGCUGUUGAACAGGCCAUUCUGGGCGCGACGAGCAAAGAAUAUGAAGAUCAGCAGCACUAUCUCCAGGGCGUCAGACUCUACCUGAUCAUGGUUUCGUAAGCGCUCUCGAUCCCUCCCCUCACUACGAAAGUAGAAAAGCAAAAGAAUGAAAGGAAACGUGGCUAAUGACCCAUUUAAAGACUUUGUUUAUGCUUGUUCCUCACUAAUCUAGAAAUUCCUAUUGUUACAACAUCUCUCAUUGGCAUCACCGACGAUUUGGGGGAUUUCAACAAAGCCAGUUGGGUCAUUUCAUCUUACUUGCUCGGCUACGUCGGUUCGUUCGUUCAAAAAGAGUUCCAGGAAUGACUGAGAAGCUAAUAUCGCCUCAGGUGUCUUGAUUAUUUUCUCCAAACUCAGUGACGUAUUUGGUCGCAAGUCAAUCCUAAUCCUUGUGGUUCUCAUCUUCAUAAUAUUCUCUGGCGCCUGCGGAGCAGCCCAGACCAUUGAACAACUGUCAGUGACUCUCUAACGUACUAAACACGAUUUUAUGUUGAAUGGGACUAAAUAAAGCUACAGGAUUGUUUUCCGAGCGUUUCAGGGGAUUGGUGGCGCGGGUAACUACUCAUUGAGCGCAGUAAUCUUGGUCGAACUUGUCCCAUCCAACAAGUACGCCAAGUAUACCACCUUUGUGUCUCUAUUUUAUUCUGUCUCGUUGCUCCUAGGACCGAUUUUCGGUGGAAUCAUCACUCAAAAUACAACGUGGAGAUGGAUAUUUCUGCUCAAGUACGAAACCUCACUUAACAUGCAUAGUGUCGCUAUUCUAUGCUCUGGCCACCUAUUAACAUGACAUCCUACGUCAGUGUGCCAGCUGGUGCGGUGGCUCUAGGGAUCAUAGUGUUUGCAAUGCCAAACGGAUUUCCUUUUCAUGGAAUACCCAAAGAACAGAGACCUAAUUCUAUCCGCAAAUUAUCCUCAAAGUGGCUACUGGCCCGUUUUGAUCUCCUAGGAGCAGCCCUGCUUCUCACUGCCACCUUGCUAUUAGUAGCAGCGCUCGAAGAAGCAGAUGUCCAUUAUCCAUGGAAGUCAGCCUUCGUCAUCACAUUUUUAACCAUCUCCGGUCUAUCUUGGAUAGGAUUUUUGCUAUGGGAACGGCACAUGACCCAAAUUGCAAAAGUUUGCGAACCUGUGUUUCCUUGGCGCUUUAUGGAAAGUCGGAUCCUACUUGGCAUGAUUCUGUGAGUUUCAUUCAUGAUGUCUACAAGAGCAAGGCUGACCAAACCCUUCUGCAGGAGUGCAAUCUUUCUCGGCGGGCCUUGGUUCUGUUCCAUUUUCCAACUUCCCCAAAGAUUUCAAAUUGUCAACUCGCUGAGUCCUCUUCAGGCAGGAUUUCGACUAAUCCCGUUUACUCUUGCUGCUCCGAUUGGCUCUAUUGUCUCCGCAGCCUUGGCUAAGGCCGCCAAGAUCGCUCCUCUCUACUGGGUCGUCUUCGCUUCCGUCCUACAAGUAAUAGGAUUCUCUUUAUUAUCAACUGUGUCAAAUUCACACAAUAUCCCCGCCGCUCAAUACGGCUUUCAGGUUAUCGCCGGGUUUGGCUGUGGCAUAAAUAUUUCACUACUCCUCGUGAUGAUCCCAUUCCGAGUGCAAGAUCGUGAUAAAGGCAAGUACAUGACUCUCGUUGUGUCUACAAAACAGUUGGUAGCUAAUUCAAAUCCUUAA